CUCGGCGACAUCCAGUCGGUAGAGACUAAUCUGCACAACAACUUUUAGACUCAUUACGAUUUUCCAAACGUUAUACCAUGGCUUCCCCAAGUUCGUUCCGCCAGAUGCUGGGCGUUCCGCCGUCUACGGCAUCCGUGAAAGACAGCACCUUGAUCAUCAUCGACGCACAGAACGAGUACGCCGAGGGCAAACUUCAGGUGUCAAAUGUCUCCACCUCGCGAAAGGUGAUUGCUUCACUCCUUGAAAAGUAUCGACAGGGCGGCGGAAAUGUAGUUCACGUUGUUCACGCGACACCCGACGGAGCACCAGUGUUCACCCCCAACACGAAAUUGGCUGAGGAGUUUGAGGAGCUCACUCCUCAAGCAGGCGAGAAAGUCGUCGUGAAGAAUUAUCCCAGCUCGUUUGCAAGCACCGAUCUCGAGCAGCAUCUCCAGUCCAUCUCAUCCAAGAAGAUUGUGUUGACGGGAUACAUGGCACAUGUUUGUGUGUCUACCACUGCUCGACAUGGUGCACAGCUCGGGUACGAUGUCAUUUUGGUUGAGGAUGCCAUUGGCGACAGAGAUGUCCCAGGCGCGAGCGCGGAGCAACUUGUCAAGGUUGUUAUGGCAGAGAUUGGUGAUGCAUUUGGAACCAUCAUUCAGAGCAAGGAUAUUGUUUAGAUACAACAUCAUAAUCACUGAAAUACAGAGCUCGUCUUCUUGA